AUGCAUACCAAUAAUAAAAUUGUGCUUGGUUUUAAUUUGGCAACGUGCGGUGCAGUGUACGAGGUGUUCGAGCGGAUGGCCUACUACGGCAUCUCGUCCAACCUGGUGCUGUACCUGACGACGGAGCUGCACCAGGGCACGGUGCUGUCCGCCAACAACGUCACCAACUGGGUGGGCACAAUCUGGAUGACGCCCGUCAUCGGCGCCUACAUCGCCGACGCCCACCUCGGCCGCUACCGCACCUUCAUGGUCGCCUCCAUCAUAUACCUCCUCGGAAUGAUCCUGCUGACCAUGGCCGUGUCGCUGCCGUCGCUGAAGCCGGCGAAAUGCGGCCUCGGCACGGCGGACGCCAACUGCGACCACAAGGCCACGAGCGUGCAGCUGGGCGUCUUCUUCCUGGCCCUCUACAUCCUUGCCGUCGGCACGGGCGGCACCAAGCCCAACAUCUCCACUAUCGGCGCCGACCAGUUCGACGAGCACGAGCCGCGGGAGCGCAAGCAGAAGCUCUCCUUCUUCAACUGGUGGAUGUUCAGCAUCUUCUUCGGCACGCUCUUCGCCAACACCGUCCUCGUCUACAUCCAGGACAGGAUCGGCUGGACCGUCGGCUACGCGCUCCCCACCGCCGGCCUCGCCGUCUCCAUCGCCGUCUUCAGCGCCGGGACGCCCUUCUACCGCCACAAGCCAACCUCCGAGAGCUCCUUCGCCAAGAUGGCCGGCGUCAUCGUCGCUGCCGUCCGCAAGUGCGGCGUCCCCGCGCCCGUGGACCCGCGCGACCUGCACGAGCUCGAUCCCAACCAAUACGAGAAAAAGAAGACGUCGCCGUUGCCGCACACGCCCAAUUUCAGCGUGCUGAGCAAAGCGGCUGUGAAGAUCGAGGGGAGCAGGAGCGCGUCACGGUGGUCGUUGAGCACGGUGACCCAGGUGGAGGAGACGAAGCAGAUGCUCAAGAUGCUGCCGGUGCUACUCAUCACGUUCGUUCCGAGCGCGAUGCUGGCGCAGAUCAACACGCUGUUCGUGAAGCAGGGCACGACGCUGGAGCGGCGCCUUCACCACUUCGAGAUCCCGCCGGCCAGCCUGCAGGGGUUCGUGACCAUCUCCAUGCUCGUCUCCGUGGUGCUCUACGACCGCCUCUUCGUGCCCUUCAUGCGGCGGCUGACCAAGAACCCGCGCGGCAUCUCGCUGCUCCAGCGCAUGGGCGUCGGGCUCGUCUUCCACAUCGUGAUCAUGGUGAUCGCGUCGGUGACGGAGCGGCACCGGCUGAGCGUGGCGAUGGCGAACGGCAUAUUCGAGAGCAAGGGCACGACCAUCCCGCUCUCCAUCUUCGUGCUGCUCCCGCAGUUCGUGCUCAUGGGCGUGGCCGACGCGUUCCUGGAGGUCGCCAAGAUCGAGUUCUUCUACGACCAGGCGCCCGAGGGCAUGAAGAGCCUCGGCACCUCCUACUCCAUGACCAGCCUCGGCAUCGGCAACUUCCUCAGCAGCUUCCUGCUGUCGACGGUGUCGCGCGUCACGCGCCGGCACGGGCAGGGAGGGUGGAUCCAGAACAACCUCAACGCCUCCCGGCUGGACCACUACUACGCCUUCUUCGCGGUCCUCAACUGCGUCAACCUCCUUGUCUUCUUCGCCGUGUGCCGGAUGUACGUGUACAACGCCGAGGUCACCCACGUUGUUGAUGGUGGCGGCGGGGAGAAACAGAGGCCGGAGGUGGCGAUGCAGCCACCUGCUCACGCAGGCGCAGUAGAAGUUCAUCCUUGA